AUGCAGCAGCACGGCAGUCAGCUGGUGCCAUGUGCACUAAGGGCAACGUUUGCAAAUGGCAGUUCUGCCACGCUGGAGGCGGUGGGGAAGGACAACGGAAAGCAGCAGUUUCACGUGCUUUGGAGGCACAGCAAAGCCAGGUGAGCCCUGCAUACAGCGUUAGUCAUGUUCGAGACAACUGUGGAAAAGGGAUGAGCGGUAGUGAAGUAUGAAGCCACAAACCCCAUGGAAGAGAGAAAAAAUUAUCAUUAACCUAACCACACACAGAGUGGUUAGGAAGGAAAAUAAGAAACUUCACUUGGAAAGUACAGCCAACAUCUGAAAGGUGCCCACUGAGUGGGUCAAGGUCAUAAGAAAGCAUUAGGGAGCAGGUUAUAGGCAGCAAACUGGAAAUGAGCUUGUGCUCUGAUGUGGAGGGAAUAAUUCUACCUGGCCGCUGCCCUCCCCGUUUAAGCGGGGCUGGACUAUUUGCCUUGCUCCUUUUGCAGCGGCCAAACUCCGGCACUGGAACUGCCUGCGUGGGGCUCAUCCUGUGCUGGCCAUGGCUUCUGCCGGCGUGGCGCAUGAGAGGCAGGCAGCUGGGCGGAGGAGAGCGAUGACCUUCCCUUGCGAGGGGGAGGAGGCAGCAGCUUCCUGCCCACAGAGCGAGCGAGAGGCGCCUUGCUGCUACCACUUUCUGUUUCUCUUCCCGCCAGUGCCCUCCCUCCAGCCCUCGGCCCUGUACUGUACCUCAGGUGCCAUGGCUGACCUAGGUGCUGUGGCCACGUUUGAGGAGGACCUGACCUGUCCCAUCUGCCUGAGCAUUUACAGCAACCCCGUGUCCCUGAGCUGUGGUCACAGCUUCUGCAAGAAGUGCAUCCAGGAGGCGCAGAGCCACCAGCAUGGCCCGCAGAGCCUUUUCAGCUGCCCGCUGUGCUGCGCCCAGGCAGGCCCCGCUAUGGAGCUGCAGCCCAACAUCCAGCUCCGCAGCAUAGUGCAGAAGUUUUUGGAUGCUCCCACUCAUGAAGAGGAGAAAAAUAGUGAAGUGCAACGUGAAGAGAAGGGGGAAAGUUCGGCCCAGCAAGACGAGGUGAUCCUGUGUGAUUUCUGCCUUCAGGAGCCCCAGCCAGCCUUGAAGACCUGCCUGAGCUGUGAGGCCUCCCUGUGCCAAGCCCACCUGAGCAAGCACAGUACAAAUAACUCCCUGAAAGACCAUGUCCUGAUGGAGCCCUGUAAUGCACUGGGUUUGGCUGAGAGGAGAUGCUCCCAGCAUGGCAAACUGCUGGAAUGCUACUGCAAGACAGACUCGGUUUGCAUCUGCAUGCUGUGCUGUGUCACCAGCACCCACAAGAACCACAAGAUCAUCGCUUUGGAGGAGGCUCAUAGACAAGCACAGAGUGUUUUUCCUGAAACUCUGAAAACAAUGAAAAGACACGAAGCGGCGCUGAAUCAAAGCAUAGCAAGCCUGCUGAAACAAGAAGAGGAAGUAAAGACUAAGGAGAGCUGGCAGAGGAAUCAGCUGGAGAGUCUCUUCAAAGACAUGCAUCAGCAGCUAGAUAACAAAAAAGGAGAGAUCCUGGAAGUUCUCAGUCGCAACGAGGAGCAACAGCUUUCUCAGAUUCAGACGCAGAUACAAAAACUCAGAAAGGGGAAGGAUGCAGCCAGCCGUGAGGUACAGGAGUUGGAGGCUCUGAGAGAUCAGAAAGACCUACUUCUUUUCACCAAGGCUUUUUCAGCUAUUCGAACCAGGAAACACAAGGCAGUUCCUAACAAAGCUGUUGUAAAACUGUCAAAGCCAACAUCCAUCAGUAUGGAUGAAUUAACAACAGAAAUCACUCAGAUGCUUUUCCAGCAAUUCCUCUCAGAUAUGCAGUCCUCAUUUAAAACACCACCUGUUCAUGAACAUCUGACUUCUUCAAUGUAUCAAGGAGGUGGAUCUGCUUACCGUAGCAACACAGUCAUUGCAUCUUCACUUGUUUCUUUCUCCUUUGGGAUACCAUAUCCAUACAGUCCCAUCCCACACGCACAGAGCGACCAGAGCUUCUCGGAGGGCUGUCACUUCUGGGAGGUGGACACCAGCAAUGCGAGUCGCUGGAAGCUUGGAAUCACUCAACCCAACAUUGAGUGCUACCUGCAACUGUCUAAUUGUUACCUCUCUGUGUUCCUAGGUCAAGCAAUGAUUUCAGAAAAGAACUUACCUGCAGCUCUCAAAGUGGUCAGGGUAGAGUUAGAUUGUGGAAGAAAUACACUGUCAUUUUAUAAUGUGUCUGUCAAGGACGGAGAUCCUGCUGAGAGCCUCGAGCUUCUACAGAGAGUAAACAUCCCUUCAAAGUAUCCUGCCCGUGCCAUCUUCGGUGUGUCUGAUGGCUCUUUGAAUCUCCUGUAGUGAUGUGGGGACGAGGUCCUGUUUUGUAUUUCCAUAUGUAUUGGGACUGCUGCUGCCUGGAGGCUGUGCUAAGCUAGCACAUUAAAAAUUGGAUUUUGGGCUGCUGUGAUGGCUCAUCUGUGUGAGGGCAAGGCCUCUGUGGGGUAUAUCUUGCUGCUUACUGCAAGAGCUCCUAUCUUAUCUGUUCUGUUAAUCACAAUGGAAAUAUCGUUAAGUUGCGCUUUUUUGUUCGGCUGUAUCAAAUGCUGUGUUGGCUGCAUAUUAUUAAAAUAAUUUAGCUGGCAAAA